UUCCCCAUCUCUGCUUCUUCGCUUCUUCUCCUGCACAGUCCACACUGUUCAUCUCCUCUUCGAUCCCCAAAUCCCAAGCUGACCAACCAAACCCGCGCCCCGCAUGGAGUUGACGGCCUCGAAGCCCACCCCGUCCUCCUCGCCUCACCUCCUCUGGGACUGGGCCGACGCCGCCGCUCCGGGCUCUUCGGGCGAGGCAGCAGGGAGGCGCGGGAAGGAGAAGCGGGCCAAGGUGACGGUGGGGGAGGAGGGAAGCGGCGGAGGAGGAGGUGGAGGAAACGCAAGGUGCCAGGUGGAGGGCUGCGGCGUCGAGCUCCGCGCCGCGAAGGAGUACCACCGGAAGCACCGCGUCUGCGAGGCCCACACCAAGUCUCCCCGCGUCGUCGUCGCCGGCCAGGAGCGCCGCUUCUGCCAGCAGUGCAGCCGGUUCCAUCCACUGACGGAGUUUGACCUGAAGAAGAGGAGCUGCCGGAGGCGACUGUCGGAUCACAAUGCUCGGCGCCGGAAGCAACAGCCAGAUGCAUUCUCCUUUGCACCGGCAAGGCUGCCAUCAUCGUUGAUAUUUGAUGAUAGACGGCAAAUAAGUUUUGUUUGGGACAAAGCUCCGCUUAGCCAUGUAAGGCCGUUUGCCAUUUCUCCAUGGAACAGCCCGUCUGACUUCAAGCUCCCACAAGUAAAGGAAAUAAGAGAAGUAUCAAUCAAUGGACAAGUCCAUCUGGAUAAAUCUCGUCUACCUCAUGCUGUUCCAACACUGAGUCAUGACAUAGAUGGGCUAUUAUCAAUGAAAGGUCCGGACUCAUCUUUAUCUGCUUCAAAAUUAGGUGGAGCACCGGAUCUUCAGCGUGCUCUCUCUCUUCUGUCAGCUAGUUCUUGUGGAUUACCUGAUCCUGUACUGCAAGCAUCUUGCCUCGUCCAGUUCACCGGUGCCAGCCAAAACAGCAGGGGCCUGCCUCCAUCACAUGGAGGGAGCUCUGCGUCGGCGUCCUUCGUUGAAGGGCACCAGCCUAUGGCGCCGUCGUCUCAGCUUGUCCGUUUUACCUUAGACGGCACCAGCAAUGGCUACGAGUCCACUUUCUUCGGUCUAAACCAGAUGAAUUGAUGCGUGAAACGGAUGAGCCAUUGCCAAGUUGGAUCGGCAGCAAGAGCUUAUGCAAGAACUGCUCCUAUCAACCUACUAGAGUGCUAAUGUUACAUGUAUACUAUUCUACAACCCUGCUGUCAAUUGUUGGUUCUUUUGGAAAGUCUUACUGAUAAAUCUGGACAUGAUUUGUCUCAUGACGUGUUGACUUAUAUAAUUUUUUUGCUCUCCCUGAUCAGCCAUUGCGCUUGUAAUUUCCAUUGGUAUUGCAGCAAAUAACUAGAAGAGGUGUAUGAUGAUGUGAUAUUUGUUGUGCAAAUAAAACCCAAUUGUCUUGUUGUGAA